UGGAUGGAAUGGGAAGGGAUCCCUGGAUCCCUUCCCAUUAGCCCAGCCCUACUGGAUCUUUUCCCCUCUAGUCCCUCCCCUUCCCUUGGCCCAGGCUCGUGACCAGAGGCAAAUGUGUUUUGAGAUUGAACAGUGUGGGCUAAGGAGAGAUUGUGUAGACUUGGGUGAACCUCUCCUGGAUUAAAGAGGGGUAGGAGAGAGGCAGAAAGGUGCCCAGGAUCAACCUAAUCUGAAAAUCCUACAACAGAGAGGAUGUGGCCCUUCAUGGUCUUCCUGCCUUCAAUCCUAUGCGCCAGUGCUCCAGGAAUAAGGUCCUCACUCAAUGACUUCCAAUCCUUGACUGCCACGGAGCUGCGUCACCCAUCCCACCAGCCAGAUGGUCAGGAGAAGCCAAUGGAUGUGGAAGAUUGUGCACAGCUCUGUAACCAGCUCCUGACCUGCCGGGCUUUCCACUACAUCCCAAGGCACCAGGGAUGCCAGCUGUUGUCCUGGACCCAAAACUCUGCCCAGGCCCAGCUCCACAAGAAUGUACAGUAUGACCUCUACCAGAAGAAAGAUUACGUGCGGGAUUGCAUCGUGAACAACGGGAUCAGUUACCGGGGCACUGUUGGGAUCACUGCUGAGGGCCUCUCCUGCCAACACUGGAACCACAAGUUCCCGACAGACCACAAGUACAUUCCAACUCUCCAAAAUGGGCUGGAGAAGAACUACUGCCGUAACCCUGACAACGACCAGCAGGGCCCCUGGUGCUACACCACCAAUCCUAAGGUCCGCUUUCAGACGUGUGGUAUCAAGACUUGUCAGGAGGCUACCUGCUUCACCUGUAAUGGGGAGGAUUAUCGAGGUUCUGUAGAUUACACAGAGUCCGGCAAAGAGUGCCAGCGCUGGGACCUCCAGUACCCUCACAAGCAUCCCUACAAGCCCAGCAAAUAUCCAGAUAAAAACCUGGACAACAACUACUGUCGAAACCCGGACCACUCAGAGCGCCCCUGGUGUUACACCACAGACCCACUGCGGGAGCGAGAAUUCUGCAACAUCCCCAGAUGUCCAUCCACACGGCAGCAGCCGCCAUCACUCAAACACACCACCUACAACUGCUUCAAGGGGAAGGGGGAAAAUUAUCGAGGAACAGCCAACACCACAGCCACAGGGAUUCCCUGCCAGCGCUGGGAUGCCCAGAGCCCUCACCAACACCACUUCUUGCCUGAGAACUAUGAAUGCAAGGACUUACGGGAAAAUUUCUGUCGGAACCCAGAUGGUUCGGAGGCCCCCUGGUGCUUUACUUCUCGGUCUAGCAUGCGUGUGGCCUACUGUUUCCAUAUCAAGCGCUGUACUGAUGACAUCAAGGUAGAAGACUGUUAUUUUGAAAAUGGGGAGCAGUACCGGGGUUCUGUCAGUAAGACCCGGAAGGGAAUUAUCUGCCAGCACUGGUCCCAGAAGACUCCUCACAAGCCUCAGUUCACGCCAAUCACUGAUCCACAGCUAGAAGAGAAUUUCUGUCGGAACCCAGAUGGAGACAGAUAUGGUCCUUGGUGCUAUACUAUGGACCCUGGAACCCCAUUUGACUACUGUGCCCUCAAGCCCUGCAGUAGUGACCCAAACACUUCCAUCCUGGCAACCUCAGACCCAGUGAUCUUUGAGGAGUGUGGAAAGAGGGAGGAACGUAAAUCGAACAAGUUACGGAUCGUGGGGGGAUUGCCUGGCAAUUCGCCCUGGACAGUCAGCUUGAGGAACCGGCAGGGCCAGCACUUCUGCGGGGGGUCCCUGGUGAAGGACCAGUGGGUGGUCUCGGCUCUCCAGUGCUUCUCCUCCUGCCACAGCUCCCUCGUGGGCUAUGAGGCCUGGCUGGGCACCCUUUUUAAGGACCCUCAGCCCAGCGAUCCUGGACUACAAAAGAUUCCCCUGAUGCAGAUGGUCUGUGGUCCUCCGGGCUCCCAGCUCGUCAUGAUCAAACUAGAAAGACCCGCAGUGCUUAACAGCCGUGUGGCCCUAAUUUGCCUGCCCCCUGAAAACUACGUGGUGCCAAGUAAAACCGAGUGCGAGAUUGCUGGAUGGGGAGAGACCAAUGGAACUGGCAAUGAGACGGUCUUGAAUGUUGCCAAGCUUCACGUCAUCACUAACGAGGAAUGUAACAUCAAGCAUCGGGGCAAGGUGAAAAAGAAUGAGUUAUGCACUAGGAGCCCAAUGGUCCCCGUAGGGGCCUGUGAGGGGGACUAUGGAGGCCCACUGGCCUGCUACACCUAUGACUGCUGGGUCUUGGAGGGAAUCAUAAUCCCAAAUCGUGUCUGUGCCCGCCCCGGAUGGCCAGCUAUCUUUGUGCGGGUCUCUAAGUAUGUUGACUGGAUAAACAAAGUCAUAAAGCUGAGCUGAGGGAGGUGAAGAAGAACACUUUCUCCAGGGGUGCCCACACUGGUCUUUCUGUCUCUACCCAUUUGGGGCUCUCACUGGUCCUUCUCUAGGACUAUGAGAUGCAGCUCUGGCCCACCUUCUUCAGGAGACCUUUCCUGGGAGACUCCCCUGAGUAAGGCCUCCACCAACUCGGCAUUCACGUUCUGAGUCACCUGUGCUGUCUGCCCCAUCCUAACAGAAGUUCCAUGGGAGGGGGGAGAGGGGCAGCUGUGCUCUCACUUUGUAUCUGCUGGCUUAGGACAAUGCUCAUCACAGAGGAAGCACUUAAUAAAAUGCUCACUGAAAA